AUGGGGCUCAUGGGGACUGUCCCCUGUCCCCAGCUGAUGCAGUUCAAGGCAGACAUCAAUGCGGUGAAUGAACACGGGAACACGCCGCUGCACUACGCCUGCUUCUGGGGACACGAGCAGGUGGCUGAGGACCUGGUGGGCAGUGGGGCCCUGGUCAGCAUCGCUAACAAAUACGGCGAGACCCCCACGGACAAAGCCAAGACACCACUGAGGGAAGUCCUGAAAGAACGUGCCGAGAAGCUGGGCCAGAGUCUCACCAAGAUCCCCUACAAGGACACCUUCUGGAAGGGCACAACCCGCACGCGGCCCAGGAAUGGGACCCUGAACAAACUUGCUGGGAUCGACUACAAACAGCUGAACCUGAGCCAGAAACUCAACGAGAACCAGUCAGGAGAGCUGUGGAAGGGGCGCUGGCAGGGCAACGACAUCAUCAUCAAAAUGCUGAAAAUCCGGGACUGGACGACAAGGAAGAGCCGAGACUUCAAUGAGGAGUACCCAAAGCUGAGAGUGCUGACGCAUUGGAAUGUGCU